AUGAAAUUUGUCUGUCUCUCGGAAGAAGAUGGUCGUACUCAUUUUGGCUGUACUAGAAAAGCAAGAAUAAGAUUGUUGAAGGUGUGGGAGAAAGCGCUGAUAGUUAAACUCCUUGGUAGGAAUACAGGAGUGGCUUUCAUGAAAAAGAAGAUUGAAAUGUUAUGGGCACGUUCUGGGAAGAUCAAUGUCACUGAUGUAGGCAAUGGUUUUUAUGUGGUGCAAUUUAGCAAUACAGAUGAUCUUCUUUUUGCUCUAAACGGUGGUCCUUGGGUCAUCUUAGGUCAUUAUCUUUCACUGAGACGUUGGGAGCCAGCUUUCUAUCCACAUGCAGCAAGUGUGAUGAAGAUUGCAGCAUGGGUGCGUCUACCAGAUAUCCCACUGGAAUUUUAUAAUGAAGCUUUCUUCCGUCGGAUUGGAAACUGGUUAGGGAAAUUGUUAAAGAUUGAUAGGACAACCAAUGAACAUGCUCGAGGAUGUUUUGCCCGAAUUUGCGUGGAACUGGAUCUUGCUCAGUGUUUGAAGGGUGAAUAUGUGCUGAAUGGAGCAACCAAUCAGAUAGAUUAUGAAGGUUUAGGCCUUAUUUGUUUUCAAUGUGGGCGUUAUGGGCAUAGUAAAGAAUGUUGUCCUGAAUCAUCAGUUGAUGGAAACGAUGGACAACAAAAUUCAGAAGGAAAAAAGGAUGAACUGAGUUCCAGAAAAAUGGCUUGGGUCCUUGGAUGGUGGUGCAGCGUCAACGUCGUCCAAGAAUUCAAAACCAAACGGUAG